AUGUUCCAACGGACUCUCCUCAGACAAGCUCAGGCCGCCCGCUCGGUCCUGUCCGCUUCUUCCUCCACAUCCGCGCCAUUGGCUCUCCGCCGGACAUCACCGUUCCAAACACGUCUGCCCGCCGCUGUGCGGCCAUUCGCUCCUCAACCCUUCUCCCGUUCCUACUCCACCGAAAACAAGGAGGCCGAAGCUACCGCUACCGAAGAUGUAGAGGCCGAGGAUCCCGUCAAGAAGCAGCUUGAGGCUAAGGAGAAGGAGAUUGUUGAAUUGAAGGAUAAAUACUUGCGCUCCGUCGCCGAAUUCCGUAACCUUCAGGAACGUACCAAGCGCGAUAUGGAUGGUGCCCGCAAUUUCGCAAUCCAGCGCUUCGCCAAGGAUCUCUUGGAUAGCAUUGACAACUUGGACCGCGCCAUGCUGGCUGUGCCCGCGGACCAGCUCAGUGCUGCUCAGACUGCAGAGAACAAGGCUUUGCAUGAUCUUGUCGCCGGUCUCAAGAUGACCGAGAACAUCCUCAUGAACACCCUCCAGAAGCACGGUCUUGAGCGCUUCGACCCCGCCGAGCAGGUUGAGGGCAAGGCCCAGAAGUUCGACCCUAACCUGCACGAGGCUACUUUCAUGGCUCCUUCCAAGGACCAUGAGGACGGUGACGUUAUGUACACUCAGAGCAAGGGCUUCCGCCUGAACGGACGGGUUCUUCGGGCCGCCAAGGUUGGUGUUGUCAAGAACGCCUAA